AUGGCCGACUAUAGAACUACAAAGGUCUACCGAGAACGGAACGAUUCUGACGACGACCACUUUCAAAAGAGCACCACUGUGACCCGGUACAAAGUCAACCAGCCAAAGGUGGAGCGAUACGACCGUGUUGAGAAGGUUUAUGAGAUGGACGACGAGCGCCGCUCACGCUACUCUGGCGAGCGGGAUUUUGUCGAGUAUGAGCGAAGGGAGCGGGCGUAUGUGCCCGACAGGCCACGCUCGGCCGUAGACGUCGACGCUGAUCGCGGCCGCACCACCUACUAUGAGCGCGAUGUCGAGCGCCGGGAGACGGAUCGCGACUGGGACAGACGCCCUCGCCAUCAUGAAGAGGAUGUGCGCGUGGAAAAGAGAGUCGAGGAGCGCUUUGACGACGGCCAUGGCCAUGAGAUCGAUCGCUAUCGCAAGGAGACGGAGUAUUACCACGAGCCAAAUCAUGCGUCUUCCCCCGUCGUGGUCCGCCAGCGGGCUCCGGACCAGAAAAUCAUCGUCCAGGAAGCCCCGCCGCAGCAGAUUGUCAUUCCCCGGCAGGAACCCAACAUCAUUGUGCUCAGAGAGAGGGACGGAGACCGAGAACUCGCUCGUCCCGCUCCUUACGACGAAGAGUACUAUUACCGACGGGAGAGGAGAGAGGUUGGCCCCUACAAGGGUGACCGCCGCCCGCGACGCGGGGACGACUACCACAGCGACGACGAUGACUAUUACUACUCUCGUCGCACCACUCGCCGCGAGCGAAGCCAGAGCUCGGAUCACCACCACAAGCGCCACCUCGCAGAGGGAGCCCUUGCCGGCGCCGGCAUCACUGCUCUGCUCUCCAGUCGCCCCAAUGAGUACGGAGAGGUUGCUGAGGGCCGUGGCAAGAAGGUCCUUGCUGGCGCUGCUUUGGGAGCCAUCGGAACCGAGGCCAUCAGACGAGCCCACAGCGCCUAUGAAGACCACUGGGGUGACGGUCAUGAAUCCCCCGAUCGCCACUCGGCGCUCAAGAAAGGUCUGGGAAUCGCCGCAGUUGCUCUCGCCGCAGCUGGUGCCGUCAAGUAUCACCAGGCCAGCAAGGCCGAAAAAGAUGAGCGACGCCGAGGACGAAGCCGAAAUCGAGGAGGGUACUAUACAUCUGACGACGAGUACUACUCUGAUCGCUCGCGCUCGCGCAGGCCCAGUCGCAAGCGCAGUCUCUCCACCCUGGCCAAGGCGGCCAUCGGAACCGCCGCGACUGCUGGUCUCGUGAAGCAUUUCCGUGACAAGUCAAAGUCGCGAUCCAAGUCACGACACGGCAGCAGAUCUCGCAGCAAGUCCACGCUUCGCCGUGGCGCCGAGCUUGCCGCCGGCGCGGCCGCAGUUGGUGUAGCUGGCAAGAUGUGGAAAGACCACCAUGAUAAGAAGAAGGAUAGGGAGAGAGAGGAAUCGACCUCUCGUGGAUAUAGCGACGAGGACCACGAGUACGAUAGACACAACUCACACAGUAGAAGCAGGAGCAGGAGCAGGUCGAGAGCCAGAUCCCUUUAUUCCGAAGCCGUGGCUGAUCCUGGGCUAGGCUUGAUUGAGUACGGGCACGAUCCCCUACCACCCGAUCCGCGCUCUCCAACCGGCCAAGGGUAUGAAUCCGAGGCCGAGGAAAGGCGGCGAAACCGACGGAGAAGACGUGAAAGAGACCCAUCAUCCUCUUCUGAGUCCAACGAGGAGAGGAAACGAAGCAGGAGUCGGCUGAGAGACAGUGCUGCCGCAGGCGCUGCGGCGGCGGGGAUCAAGGAAUACAAGGACAGGAAGGAAAGAGAGCGGAAGGAAGAGGCGAGACGGGAGGAGAAGCGAGAGGAGCGGAAAGAGGAUAGAAAGGAGAGACGGUCGAAGGAGAGGCGCUCGAGGGAGCGCGAGGAGCAAGCACAACGCUUCCCCAAGGUCCCUGCAAACGGGACUUACUUUGAAGACCCAAACAGACCGCAUUCACCACCUAAUGCUUCCGGCGGCGCCUACUUCGGGGCCCCCUAUCCUGUAACUCCAGGAUCCACCGUCCCCGGAAACAUUCCUCCCCCGGCCCCGCAGCCGCCGACAACGAACGUUCCGCCGCGAGAGCACUCGUACACGCCGUAUACUGACCCCAGUGUGCCGGAACCUCGUGAGUACCACCCCUAUGUGCCUCAAGAUUACCACGGGUACGCACCUCCGCCUCCACCGGCUGGUCCCCCGCCACCUUCGGGACCGCCGCCUCCUGGUAACUCUUCCGGAGUGCCGGGAUACGCACGCCCGCCAGGGCCGCCGCCUUUGGGCCCGGCUCCUCCCCCUGGACCUCCCCCUCCAGGGCCACCGGCGGGCGGUAGCUUCCCGCAAGAUUAUGUGAGUGACCUCUCCAGAAACAAGAGUCCACCUGAACAAAAGGGCGGACCAUCCGAGGAGGCCGUAACACCGCUCAAGCAACUGCCGCCGCCUCGCAUCGAGAUUCCGCCGCCUGGGUUUCCCCUUGGCAGAAGAAAGUCUGUGGUGUUUGGACCGCUUUCUCCGACGAGCACUGUAACAAUGAAGAGACAUAAAAAAGAGCACGAACUUAGAUCCGAAUCAGACAGCUCGGAUUCUGAAGAUGGAUCUCGCGGUAAACGUCGUGAAAACCAGUUCAACCGAUCAAGUCGCCACCGUCGACAAUCAUCCGAUACGACUCACGACCGUUCCCCCAACCGUGACCGCGAGGGCAGGCAUCGGAGACGUCAUCACUCGGAUUCAGACGAGGAAAUCGAAGAUUUGCCUGAUCGUUUCGACUCGCAUGGGAGACCAUUGGAUGGUAGGCGUCAUAGCAGAAGCCGGCUGACGACUAGAAGCGGCGAAUUUCAUCGCUCGGCAGAAAAGCCUGGUGGUUUGAAUAUCCAUGGUGCUUGGCAACUUAUGGCUAGCGAUCCGGAGCAGAUCCAGAAAAUAGUGGGCGGCGUAACGGGAGCUCUGUCGGGGCGGCGCAGCUGGGUGAGCGUGGUUGGGGAUGUGCUUGGCGGUGGGCUUGGUGGUGACUUAUUGGGACAAUUGGGACCGUUGGCGGGAGCGCUGCAAGCUGGUGGUGUAGGUGGAGCGGGAGGUGGUGGAGAAGGGAGACGAAGAGAAGGAGAUGAUGAUGAGGACGCAGAUGGGAGACAUAAGAGGAGGGAUGAUGAUGAUGAGGGCAGACACAAGAGGAGGAGAUGA